AUGGCGACUGUGCCAUCUCAGCUGAAGAAUCUCAAAGUGGAGGUGCAUCGGCGUGAAGAAACCUCCGAGAAAUCUUUGGUGAUCACCUGGGAGGCGGAGACGCCCGCAGCUGUCAAGGGCUUCGUGGAAUACUUUGACCCAGAGAGCGCUAUGGUGGAGUCGGAUGAGACGGUUCCUUUCUCCCGUGAGCCACACAGGACAACGGCGCAGGUGGACUUUGAGAACGAGCGAGGCCAUUUUGCCACAGGCGCCUGCACAGCGAAAGUGACGCUACAUGCAGCGGCUGCAUCGCUCAACGAAGCCGUGAGUAUGCAGGUGACCUGGGAUGACGAGUUGUCCAAGACACAGGCCAAGGAAGACCUCGAAAAGCACCUGGUCUCUCUCCAAACGCAGCUGAGCGAUAUGAGAUCCAAUGGUGCCGGAAUUAAGAUCCUGGUUGUGGGUCCCCAGCACCACGGAAAGUCGAGCUUGGUGAACCACUUCUGCAAGUGCUUGAGCAACAAGCUUUCUGCAAAUGAUCGUGUGAACACGGCACCCGCUGGCAGGAGCGAGAACACCCUAGAGGUGACGCGCAUUUCCGUCGAAGGGUUCGAGCAGCUGGUGCUCAUCGACACGCCAGCGAUACCCAGCAUGAGCACAAUGAACCGCAAUGAGUUCGCGGCGCUGGUGGACGGCGCCACACAAAACGGCACUCGGCGCCCCGACUUGCUGCAAGCGGAGACGCUGAAUCCUGCAGACGCGGCCAUCAUCGUAAUGUCGCUGCUCCACUGGCGUGACGAACAGGAAGAGAUGGAAGCCUACCUUCAAGGCAUGACCGACGAGUUGAAGCACGCGUGGAAGGGCAAGGUGACCUUUCCCUAUGUUGUGGCAUUGACGCAUCGGGACGAGUUCCUCCAGGCUUGCCAGGCACCGAAGCCGCAUCGUGAGCUCGAGGCUGCCAUACAGGGCGUGCAGAAGGCGGCGAACACCAACCAUGUCUUUGCCCUGACAAACUACAAAAGGGGAUGUGCGGCCAGCCGGCGUGUCAACGAGGCAACAUUCCAGCUACUGUCGCAGCUGAUCACCUUUGUGGACAAGGAGCCCGAGAGUUCUUGCUCCACUGCUUAUGCCGCGGCUUCCAAGAGCACACGGCAGUGGGCGAAGACCCUGCCCAAGCGGAGGAGGGCCCACGUUGGAGGCUUCUUCCUAGCUGCCCUGGCGUUCGUGGCAUAUGGACUGUUCCCGCGCAGCUUCGCAGCCGUGGGUCCGUGA